CACUGCGUGUGCUGCCGUGGGGCCGCUGGCCCGCGCUGCCGCCGCCGCCGCCGCUGGCGCUCCGCCGCCGCGACCUCUACGGCCAGCACUUCCGCGCCGCCGUCGUGCACGAUCCUCCGUUAAUCACUAUGGAGCAUGAUAAGAAAACUGGCAUUGUAACUCAAGUAGGUGGCUUCUUCCCCGUCAUUUGGGGCUACCUGGCGGAAGUUCUGAAUUUCACGUCGGAGUGGCACGUGCCGGCGGACGGCGCGUUCGGGUCGAAGCGGCCCAACGGCGAGUGGAACGGCAUGAUCCGCAUGCUGCUCGAGGGGCGCAUCGACCUCUCCAUCUGCCCCUUCAUGAUGACCUCCCUGCGCGCCGAGGUGGUGCGCUACACCGCGCCGCUAGCCUCCACCAGGGCGAGCCUGUUCAUCCGCACGCCGAGCGAGGCGCCGGCCAAGUGGGAGGUGUUCGUGCAGCCGUUCCACCGCUCGCUGUGGCUGGCCCUGGCGCCGGCGCCCGCGCUGUUGGCAGCCCUGCUCUGGGCCGCGCACCGCCCCGCGCCCGCCCACGCCUUCUCCGCCGGCCACUGCGCCCUCUGCCUCUGGGGCGUCUUCUGCGCGCAAGGGCACUCGGACAGCCCCGGGCUGCUGGGUGCGCGGGUGGUGUUCCUGGCGUCCUUCCUGACGGCGCUGGUGCUGCUGGCGGGCUACACGGCCAACUUCAUGGCCUACCUCACGGCGCCGCACUACCCGCUGCCCUUCACCGACCUCCAGGGCAUGCUCCAAGACAGCUCCUACUCCUUCACGGUCAUCGGCAAGUCUGGCUUAUUCACUAACUUUCAGAGCGCGCAGGACGAGGUGAUGCGCCUGGCGUUCAAGCUGCACCUGAAGCCGCACGCCGACCGCCUGCCUCUCAGCGACGAGGAGGCGGUGGAGCACAUGUGCGCCCACCGCGACGCCUUCAUGGGCAACGAGGACAUCACGCGCGAGCUGGCGCCCUGCCCGCUGUCGCUGCUGCACGGCUCCUCCUUCCCGCUCAACAACGCCAUGGUGCUGCCCCGGAGCAGCCCCUACGCCUUCCUCUUCAACAACGUGAUCCAGGCGCUGCGGCGGUCGGGAGUGCUGCGGCUGCAGUACCGCAAGCUGUGGCGCGUGGCGGCGCCGGCCGAGGAGCCGUUCGUACACGUGUUCCUGGAGGACGUGGCGCCACUGCUGUGGCUGCUCAGCUCGGGCGCCGGGCUGGCGCUGCUCGUCUGCGCCGCGGAGCUGGCGGUUCGGCGGCUCGGCCCC